UUUAAAAAAAUUUCCAGAGGCUUUUUGAUGGUUUUUUGGUCUAUGUCUUACUUUGCAGCAUGCUAGCUUCCCAUGUAUUUAUUUUAUUCUUUUAAAUACAAUUUCAAAAAGGUGGGCAGGGAAUUUUUUGGAACACAUACACAAGUACCAUAUUCUCCCUCUUUGAUUUACAAAUGUUUGUUAAGCUUGUAUGCAAAAAGAGACAUGAACAUAAUGAAAAUGAUGUCCAUAGAAAAAGAGCUAAGGAUUCUCAGCUUUAAUAGUUUAUACCAUAUCAGCUUUCAUAUUCUAAUUGUCUAAUAAAGAUUGAGGCAGCUUGGCAAAGCUGGCUGUAUUUGUGGUUAAAAUCAUCUACAGCCUCUACUAUACUGUUGUUUCAGUACAGGCCAGUGAUAUGGAAUCGGUUGCGGAAGGCAGAAAUAUCAAAAAAUUUCUUUUAUUGGCUAGGGGAUUAUUACAGUUGAAGUUAAGCACAUCUGGAACAUGGUAAGCUGGUUACGAUGGAACUUAAUUUUUUUCAGGUCUGAUCGAAAACAGCUAUUUGUCUAUUCUUAGCCAUGUCUGUUGUUGCCAUUUUCCGUAGAACAUGCUCUUACACUAUUUUAUAACCAGAUAGAUGAGCACAUUUCUCUGGCUGUGUCUGGUAUGAAGAUGAAAUUUCUACAUAAUGUGCAGCUGUUUUAUUUUGUCUGUUUCAUGUUUAUCUGGAAACUGUUUCAGUAUGACAGCCUAUUUAUCCAGGAAAAAUGAUAAUUAUACUUAUAAGGAUUACUGUAUAGGAAAGCGAGAACCAAUGUUUAUUCAUAAUUCUUGGCAGGGGAUUUCUUUAUUAAUAAUGAAAUAAUUCUACAGUUCUUCUCUCCCACCUGAAUUACUGUAGUCACCUGUUCUAGAACUGGCAGAAAACUACUAUUCCCGUAGCUGCCCUGCCUUGUAUCUGUUACCUUUGGGUUGGCUUAUUGCCAAGCAGUGGUAUCCUGAUAUUGCACAUGCAGGUCAUAUUAAGCCUGGGAAACUGGUGAAGCCCUCUGGCUUUGCUGCAUACUCAUGUUUUGGCAGGAAAGCAUUGGCAGGGUGGGGGUUUCAGGAGGCAGGAAAUAUUGACCGCUGACCCCCAUCUCCUGUUUUAUCAAGUAUAUCAUCUAGUUUUCAGAUGACAUUGAUAACCCAGUUGCCUCUUCCUCUCGUGAUAAAGCAGGAGAAGCAGCUUUCUAAUAAGCAGCUGCACCCCACAGCUCUGCCAGGCACCAAUCAGCUGUCCAUGAGCAGGGCUGUAAGUAUGUCCAGUACUUUCUGCCAGGAAAUGGAACAAAGGAAUGGUGGGAGAGGAGACUGGAACCAGAGGAGUUAGGCAGUGACCACUACACAAGCCUGAUGUUGCUAAUGAGUGUUUGCUACUUCAUCCCUAACAAUCACCUGGCCUGCUGGCAGGAUAGUCAGCAAAGCAUGUCAGGUUUCAUACGUCUGGAAACUGCUAUAGGUUGAGCACCACUUAACACUGUCCCAUACAUAGGUUGACAAUGAGAUGAAGGCCAUUUGAUGGGGGUAGUGCAAAAUAAAGUAUGUGUUGGUACAUGGUUAAGAUGCAAAUGAAGAGAGCUGGGCUGUAUAACCAAAGGAGUCCCAAGUGAAGUCUAGCAAUAGGGUGAAGGAAACCUGAGGAUGUGAAUGCAAUCUUUAGCAAAAAAAGAUCUCAAAAGAAAACUGCCCUCCCCACUCUAAAGAACCCAGGAAGGACAGCAUGCUCAGCAGCCUCAACCUAGAACAUUCAGUGUGUUGGAAGGAGAUGGAAUAGUAAAUAAGGUGGAAGAGAAAAAAGGGUCUUAUGUGGAGGGGGACAUAACUGGGAUUCUGAAUGAGAUGCAACAUUUUGAUUCCGGUUUUUCCUCCUGAAAUAAUGUACAAGUGCUGCAGUUAAAGGUUGACAAGAAUAAAGCAAUGAGAUAUAUUCUGCAUUGGCAUCUGCGGGUAAACAAUCUGUUUUAAACACUGGGGGGAAAAACCCUUUGUGGGUAGAUUUUCAUUAAUGCUGGAAAGCAGAAAUAUUCUUCCAACCACUUAGAAGAAAGGGUGGGGACUGAUAACACAGGAGCAUGUGAAAGAUGGCCAGGCGAGCCAAGUGGAAGAUGUAAUUAUACCAAUAGAUAUCAGAAGUUAAUUAUUUCUUUAAACGCUUGACUGGAAGCCCUCUUAAUCUCAGCUGCCUGCAAAUGUUGGCAAUGGCUGUGAUUAUCCAGCUUGGGGAUGGGUGGGUACUGCCUGCAUUGCUGAGAAACUGAGAAAGCUGAUGCUCCAGUUCUGCCUGGAUCAGGUUGUCUUUUUUGGUUGCAAGCAAAGGCUCUCAAGAUUUUGAUUUCGUGUUAGUAUGUGUAUUGUACACCACCUUUUCUGCCACUUAGUUAAGUUUACCCUUAGGGCUUUCUCUAUCCCUUGAAAACAGCCUUCCUUCAGGUUGUGUGUGCUGGAUGGAAAAUCUAGAAGCUGAAUGGGGCCGAAAGAGAAGGCUCCCAGGUUAAGGAAAAAACCCUGUGUGGGGGUACCUAAAGUGCCCUUGAGAAUACACUUUCCUGGUUAUUUCACAUUUCUGGAGCAUGUAAGGUGAUAUGAGGACUUUGAAAGAGGCUCGUUAAUUAUCCAUCCACAAUUAUUACUAUGUAAUGCUGGGAGGGACAAAAGGUGUUUCUGAAAUUUCAGGUAUCAGGUACCAAACUAAUGUGGUGGACUUGAUGUGAGUCUCGAGCUGGAAAGCAGCUCUGCUUUGGAUUACGUCACAAAACACACCUAGUUUUUGGCUUGUUGUGCUGAGACAUAGCAUUGUUGAUGAAGUAAAAUAACACGGAAACAUUUAAGCAACGACUCCCCCUCUCUCUAUACUUGUGCAGCCGGGACGGUUUCCGGGCACUCCCCCUCCCUCCUCCUCCCCGCCUUCCUGAAAGCUCGUAGGACCUCCCCUGUUUCUUCCCCCGAAAGUGCGAUCCGAAAUGCAAAAUUCAGUACGUGUAAAAUGGCAAGCAGGCAUUGUUGCCGCCUGGGCCCGACUGGCAUUAGCCGGAUUUUGGCGGGCUGCAGGGCAAACCAUUCGCGGGCUGCGGCCUCGUUGAAGCGGGAAUAUGAUGCUGUCGUGAUCGGGGCAGGACACAAUGGACUAGUGGCUGCUGCUUAUCUGCAAAAGGGAGGGUUGAAAACAGUCGUGCUGGAGAGAAGAUACAUUGUGGGAGGUGCUGCAAUCACUGAAGAAGUCAUUCCAGGCUUUCACUUCUCCAGAGCCUCUUACCUGCUCAGUUUGCUGAGACCCCAGAUUUACACUGAGCUGGAGCUGAAGAAACAUGGCUUAAAAGUCCUUCUACGUGACCCAUAUUCCUUCACUCCAAUCCUGGAGGACAGCCAGGGUGGGCAAGUUCCUCGCUCGCUGUUGCUGGGGAACAGCAUGGCUGAGACACAGAAACAGAUUGCCCAGUUCUCCCUAAAGGAUGCCCAGGCUUUUCCCAAGUAUGAGGCGUUUAUGAACCGCUUGGUGACAGCCAUUGACCCUCUACUUGAUAUCUGUCCAAUGGAUGUCGCUGCACUCACCCAGGGCUCCUUGCGUCAGCGAUUCAGGGCCUUGGUGGGAUUGAGAGCCCUGUUCCGUGCGGGAUUUGCUUUGAGAAAACAACUUCCACAGUAUUAUGAGGUUCUCACAGCUCCCAUUUCCAAGAUUUUGGAUUUCUGGUUUGAAUCAGAGCCCUUAAAAGCAACAUUGGCCACAGAUGCGGUGAUUGGUGCCAUGGCUGGUCCACACACACCAGGCAGUGGGUAUGUUCUGCUGCACCAUGUCAUGGGAGGAGUAGAGGGGCGCAAGGGUGCUUGGGGUUAUGUGUCUGGUGGCAUGGGGGCACUUUCCGGGUCCUUGGCUCGUGCUGCAACUACAUUUGGGGCUGAGAUCUUUACUGACAAGGCAGUUUCCCAGAUUCUUCUGAGUUCUGAUAAGAAGGUUCAAGGAGUUUGUCUCCAGGAUGGAACUGAAGUGAAGUGCCGCUUGGUGCUGUCCAAUGCAUCUCCACAUCAUACCUUUUUGGAGCUUACUCCACAAGAGCAUCUGCCCAUGGAGUUUGUACAAAGAAUCUCACAGUUUGACACACGUUCUCCAGUCACCAAGAUCAAUGUGGCUGUGGAUCGGUUGCCCAGUUUUCUGGCAGUCUCAAACACUACCAGCAACGACCCCUUGCCUCACCAUCAAUGCUCCAUCCAUCUCAAUUGUGAAAACACUCAUGCCUUGCACCAGGCCUUUGAAGAUGCUUGCAAUGGGAGGCCCUCGAGAAGGCCCAUGAUUGAGAUGUGCAUUCCAUCAGUCUUGGAUCCUACCCUGGCUCCCCCAGGCUGCCAUGUGAUUUCACUUUUUACCCAAUACACCCCCUAUUUUCUUGCCGAAGAAAAACACUGGGACUCCCGUGACCGAGAGGACUAUGCCAAUCGAGUAUUUGACAGUAUUGAAGCCUAUGCACCUGGGUUCAAAGCAUCCAUCAUUGGGAUAGAUGUUUUAACACCUCCAGACCUUGAGCAGAUCUUUGGCCUACCUGGUGGGAAUAUAUUCCAUGGAGCCAUGUCUUUGGAUCAGUUAUAUUUUGCCCGACCAGUGCCAGCUUACUCCAGUUACCAAUCUCCAAUCCAAGGCCUAUACCUUUGUGGAAGCGGUGCUCAUCCUGGAGGAGGUGUGAUGGGAGCAGUGGGACGCAAUGCUGCUAGAGUAGCCUUGGAGGAUUUCAAGAAUCUGUGAACCAAUAGGAUGAUUUACUGCAUUGGCUCAAAACGAGAGAAAUCUGGGCAUUCUCCAAUCCAAGCCUUUGAAACGAACUCUCUUAUUUGGGGGCCUGUUUUACUAGCGUCCUCUCAUAUUUUUUCAUCACGAACUACUCAAUAUACCACUACAAUACAUUUCUCCUGCAGUAGCAUAGUCACUAAGCAAGUAAGAGCCACUGCUGUUUCAUGUGGGACACAAAACAUGCUAUGAACACAAUGGCUGAGCUUUUCUGGCAAAUUUGUUUUGAUUUUAUAAUCAAGUAACAUGCUUCCCAUGUUGCAUUAUUUAACCAGGAGUUUGUACCUCUAUCUUGUUCCACAACUUACUCAUCUUCUUUGGAUCAUUGAAGGGAUGCACACUGCUAUAGUUCUCCUAUAGUUAGAGGGACGCUUAAAGCCAUGCGAGAAGGAGAGCCCACAGUGUAGCUUUCUCUCUGGUUGAAUAAGCCAAUUAUACUGAGGUUCGUUUAGUUCAGAUUGUCUUGGACUGCUCUUUAGCAAUUUCUUUUCUUCCAAAACUCCCAGCUGUGCUAUUUAUCUUGCUUUUUGCUUCUUGACCUAUGAAAAUGCAGCCAUUCUGAAAUGCUGCUCCUGAGAACCAGUUUAUAACAUAGAUGAUGAGUCAUGCUUUCCAGAAGAUCAAAACCAAGGCCAGGUUGUAACAAAAUCACCUCAGCAGAGGGUUAAGGAGAGUCUGCUGCCAUUCAUGUCAUCUAACCUUGUGCUCCCCAUCCAAAGCCAGAUAUGCCUGACUGAGCCAGCGUCCCAAAGAGUCAUAUUUCUCACUAGCAAAAAGCAGCUGCUUGCAAACACCUCUCUGCAAUCUGACUGCAAAUCCAGUCAGGAAGUGGCCAGAAGCCAGCUGCCCUUGCUGAUUCGGCCUCAGUUGGAUUUUCUGCACCAGCUAAUCUCAGUCACAAAGCAUGGGAGCCAGAAUACUUGGCUGCUAUCCGUUCCAUUCCAUUGAAAUCAGUGAGAAUAAAUCAGUUUAAAUCUAAUACUCCACUUCAGUUUUACACUUGGAUUGCAAGCAAAAUGUGUUGACAUAAUGAAGAAUGUCAGUAGCUCCUCUCCCUGCAUGUGAUGAAUGAAUUUCAUAUGAAGCACUGAUGAUAAAAUCAUUGCCUACUAGAAAAUAUCCAGAGAUUAAUAAAGAGUUUGAAAAACGCCUUCCUUUCCCCAAUCAUCUUUUGUAAUACUGUAAUAUUUCUCUUUUUUUAUGGGAGCACAUCAGUCAUUGGCUGCUGGAUUCAAAGCAAGCACAGACAAUGCUGGUUGUGGGGUUUGUGGAUGGGGGUUGCCAUUGGUCUCACACUUUCUCAACUGCAGUUUAUGAGCAACAGCCAUUCAUCUUGAUGUGGCUUCCUUAGGAACUGGCACAAACAUCGACUGACAUAAAUUGAAAUUGUAUGCGGCAGUAGGUAGAUUUUUCCAAGGAAAAGGAAAUUGUUAAAGGCUGACAAGUUUGUUAUGUAAAGCCACAUAAUUUCUGAGAUAUCAUACAAAAUGAUGAAAUAUCAGCUUUAUUCUUAGGAAACAGGAAGCAUGUUACAUAAAAUAAUAGAGCCUUCUACUUCCCAAACAUGUCAAUCCCAAAUAUCCAGUCUCGGUUGUAAUGCAACCCAGGGCAACUACUCCCUAUGUUACCACCACUGCUGGUUCACAUUGGAGAUAUUUCUUUGUUAAACCUAAGUUCCCCCCACCGUCCUAUACAUAUAAUUCCUGUGUUCCUGGAAUUAGUGCAGGAAUAAUUAACUUUUCUUAAUGGUUCAUAGUAACGUGAGUUUGUAAAUAUUUAUUUAUACGAAGAUUGUAAAGCCCCCAUUUUAUAUCUCAUCCCAUGGCAACCAUCUUGUGUGGUAUCUGGUCAAGAAGUGUGUGCUUUAGCAGAGGAACUUUUCAGAACUGAAUUGAACCCAGAACAAACAACACAGUGGAAAGAAUCAAAAAUUGGGCUUCAUUUUUCUGCUAAGUCAUGACUAAUUUAGUCACAGUUAAUUAAAUAAACUGAAAGUGGAUAUGGCACAGCUUCUAGGGUCAUUCAGCCUGAAAGUUCAUCACUGCUAUACACAAGUUACUGUAUUUCAUCAUAACCCAACAGCCACAGUCUGUGCAACUCCUUUUUUGGCUAGACCAAAGAUGGCCACAAGAGGGAAGCAUUGCUGCUUAAAUUUAGGGGGUUUAAAAAAGCCAAGGGCAGAAUAGCCCUAUUCUAAUGCAGUUCCAUAGUCUUACUAAGGCAGCUGUAUUUUUCAUUUGUUGGUGUCAUAUUCACAUUUUGCACAGCUAUUUUGGUACUACUGGUAGUAUCUGGCAGUACUGUGUCCAUAGCAUCUGGCUUGCAACACAGUGUCUAAUAAUGAUGGACAUAUGAGAUUUGGCCUAGCCUGAGCUAAAACAUGGGUCAUCUGCCAUUACCCCUUUUCCACAAACAGAAAAUGCUAAUGAUGGAAACAUUUAUAAUGGAUUAUAAUAGUCGGUGCUGAGGUCCCAAAGAAAAGCAAAAUCCAGUUUUCAGUACAUUUCCCAGAAAAUAUGUGUUUACAUAGACAGCUAGGCUAUGAGUUGACCAAUGAUGGCUUAGCAAUUACAUAACUGGUUAGUGCAGAGUAUGAUAAACCCUGGGUUAUGAUUUAUAAAGCACAGCAAUGUCAGAGUUCAUUCUCUAAAUAUAUUUUUCUUU